GAGAUUGGGGCGUGACCAGACCUAUAUAAAUACGCGAGUUGCCCAGUAGUUGUCAGUCUGUCUUGACGGUCUUGGUUGAGUUUACGUUGUUCGUGUACAAUCAGACUCCGUGCGUUGUAAACAUGUCGGCGGCAGUGGAACAGCAGCAGCAGCAGAGUGUUGUGGUCAGGAUAAUUAACCUGCCUUUGGUGAGCUCCACCUAUGACCUGGUAUCUUCUGCUUACACCUCCACCAAAGAGAACCAUCCUUACUUAAAGUCAGUGUGUGAUGUUGCUGAGAAGAGUGUGAAGAGUAUCACGUCAGUGGCCUUAACCAGUGCCAUGCCCAUCAUCCACAGGCUGGAACCUCAAAUUGCUGUUGCCAACAACAUUGCCUGCAUGAGUUUGGACAAAAUUGAAGAGAAGCUGCCUAUUCUUUAUCAGCCCAGUGACAAGAUUGUAUCAAAUGCAUCUGAUGCUGUGGCUGGUGCAAAAGAGACUGUCCUGCAAAGCAUUACUGGGGCUGUGAAUGAUAGUGUUGAGAUGACUAAAGCUGUUGUAAAUGGUAGCAUUAACACAGUUCUGGGAAGCAGCGUCGUACAGAUGAUGAACACUGGUGUUAAUACUGCACUGACCACGUCCGAGAACCUGCUGGAACAGUAUCUGCCACCAACAGAUGAAGAGCUGGCUAUUGAAGCAACAAAAACAGAGGGAUUUGAAUCUGGAAAGCAGCCCAACUACUAUGUCAGAUUGGGUUCCCUUUCUACAAAAGCUCGCAAGCGUGCUUAUAGGCAAGCUGUGACUAGAAUAAGUGAUGCAAAAAUCAGGAGUCAGGAGGCAAUUUCUCAACUGAAUAAGACAGUGGACCUUAUUGAGUUUGCUAGGAAAAAUGUGAAUAAUGCCAAUCAGAAGCUGUACAACACCUGGGUUGAAUGGACAAAAGGAACUGGUCACUUGGCAAAUGAGGGAAAUGAAAGUGCAGAGCAAAUUGAAUCUCGCAUCUUAACAAUGACUCGGAACCUGACUCAGCAACUUCAGACUACAUGCUUUUCCCUGGUUAUAAGUGUUCAAGGACUACCACAGAAUAUCCAAGACAAAACUCAUCGUGUUAGUGCCAUGGCUGGAGAAGUGUACCAUAACUUUCGCUCUGCUUCUUCCCUCAAAGAAGUGUCUGAUAACCUCUUGACAAACAGCAGAGGACAGCUCCAGAAAAUGAAGGAUUCUAUGGAUGAUGUAAUGGAUUAUCUGGUCAACAACACACCCCUUAACUGGCUGGUAGGUCCCUUUUACUCCCAGUUGGCUGGCUGUCCACAUGGUGAGCAAGAAGGUGAUGAGGCAGAGAAAACCAACAAGGAUUAAAGACUGACUUGACUACAUUUAAGUCUUUAGGUCACAAUCUGCACUUUUUAUUCACAGACGAACUAUAAUGUAAAUUGAUGGUUAAAGCACUGCUUAAACUCCAAUAAGGCUUAUACUAACACUUUUGGUACCCAGUGUUCAAAGUUUAAUUUUAUAGAGGCACAAUUUAAAACUGCAUUAGCCAAUUCACAAAGUAUUGAUAGCCUGCCAGUAACUUUAUAAUAACACCUUUUCACCAUUAAUGACAAGUGGAGUUUCACUGUACUUGUGUUUUGGGUUUUUUUGAGCCUUCUUUGUGUACUUUUUUUUUUUUUUGUUUUGUAUUUGCAAUAAAAAUUGAGCAU